AAUUUAUUUUUGCUUCCGAUGCUAAGUAGUUUUGAUGCUUGCGUAAAUUUGUGUCCAAACGAAAGAUAUACCUUACGACCAAAAAGUUAUAUAAUCAGUUUGGACCUUGUUAGAAAAUUAACAAGUUUCAAGUGUUCUGUAUCAUUUAGUGAUAUUACCUCGUUAUAGAAGUGUUUGAUAUAAGUGGCUAUAUUGCUAUAAGCUUAUCAGCAAUGGACUUAUUACGAAGAUAUAGACAUAAAGGCAGGUUAAUGGAAGAUUUGGUACUACUGAAGAUGACGCUAAAGAAGUUCUACAAGAAACACACCAAUAGAUACAAAAUAGUGAAUGAUGAGAAUAGAAAACCUGGAAUUUUGGAACCUUUGGUACAAGAAAAACAGGACAAACACAGAAAUACCUACAAAACGGAAGUAGAAAAGGAUGAAAUCUUUCAAACCUUGGAACAAAAUGAAUUCCUCAAAAAUAUUAUGGCCAAAAGCCAUAUCAAUGAAUUAAUCGAUUGCAUGUACAACAAGGAAUUACACGAAGGCGAAUACUUAUUGGAAGAGAACAAAAUCUACAGCCAGCUCUACAUUUUACGAAAAGGAACGUUUGAAGUCUUGGAAAAUGGAAAAUCUGAGGGAAAGUACAAUGACAGAAGAAUAUUUGGCGAAGUUGCCAUUCUGCAUUCUUCUAAGGCAUCUCAUAGCGUUAAGGCUCUUGAAAAGGGAGAAGUAUGGGUACUGGAUUCUUCCGACUUUAAACGGAUAACCAUCAAUGACUCUAUGGAAAAGCAAGACGAAAUAGUUAAGUUCCUGAAAAAUGUGCCUAGAAUAUGUGAAGCUAGUAACGACAAGCUGUACAGACUGGCCGAUUUAGUCACUGUUGAAAAAUACGAAGGAUCUAAGAUUUUAAUCAAAGAAGGCGAUGUCACGAAUAAAUUCUUCAUUAUUGCUGCCGGUUCUGCAACACUACUAUGCAGGCAUGGCGCUAAAAAGGACCGAAAAAUCUUCCGGGGUGAUUUUUUUGGUGAAGAAAUAUUUCUGAAAGAAGUAGCUAGUAUUUGUACUGUGAUAACUGACGCUGUAGGCAUUGAAUGUCUCGUGUUGUCUAGAGAAACAUUCCUAAAAUAUUUCAAUGACCUAGAAGAUUUUUUUUAUAAGAAACCAGAUGAAGAAUUAAACAUCCACUAUGUGGAACUGCAAAACCUGAAAAAGCUAAAGACUUUAGGUAGGGGUGGCUUUGGAAAAGUAGUACUGGUACAAGACAGACAGAACAAGGAGAAUUUAUAUGCCCUAAAGUAUUUGGCUAAGCAUGAGAUUGUGGGUAAAAGCCAGAGGGAUCAGGUUUAUAAUGAAAAACACCUUCAAAUACAAUGCGACAAUAACUUCAUAGUAAAACUCUAUCAAACCUUUAAAGACUCAAAAUAUAUUUAUUUCUUGCAAGAACCAUGCAUGGGAGGUGAUCUUUGGAAUCUCUUACGGCGUCAAAAAAAGAAAUGCUUCGAGAGUGACACCGCAAAAUUUUAUUCAGCCUGUGUAGUAGAAGCUUUCGGGUAUCUCCAUUCCAAAGACAUAGUUUACAGAGACCUUAAACCAGAAAACGUUAUGGUCUGUUCGAACGGUUACAUCAAACUGACUGACUUCGGUUUCGCCAAAAAGAUACCCAAUCAGGAUCACGCCGUGAGUUUUGUAGGCACAGCGGAGUACAUAUCGCCAGAAAUAAUCCUCAGUAAACCCCACGACAAAGGCGUAGACUACUGGGCUUUGGGGAUAUUUAUUUAUGAAAUGCUUGUAGGGUAUACGCCCUUCAAGAACAGCGAUCACAACGACGAAAAGACCUACAAAGCGAUACUUAAAGGGAUAGAUUUUGCGACGUUUCCUGCAAUUAUAUCGCCUAGGGCAAGAAACUUGAUCAAAAAACUUUGUAGGCCAUUAUCGAUAGAUCGGAUUGGUUGCCAGAAAAAUGGAGUAGAUGACAUAAGAAUUCAUCCCUGGUUUUCUAAGGUUGACUGGGAGAAAUUGGGGAACUUGGAGGUGGAACCUCCAAUUUUGAUAUGUUUGAAUGGCAAAAGUGAUACUAGAUAUUUCGAUUAUGUUAAGGAUAAAGACCAUGAAGUUGCUGUUGAUGAUUUCACGACGUGGGAUAAAGAUUUUUAAGUUAUUUUUGUACAGUAAUAAAUCAAAUAAGUUUAUAAA